CGAGAUUUCCGGCUUAUCGUGUAACAUUCUUCCAAAUCGCCUCGGGUCCUACCCUUGCAAAUAUUGCCGAGAGCCCUUAAACCGAGCACUCCACCAGCAUAAUUCGCUUGUACGGCGUACAUACAACCGCCUUACCACCAACUCUUUCUGUUGCGUACGAUCAUGUCCUCUGACGCUCUCUUGACUCAGAUCUUGGCCCAACUCAGCGCACUCCAGGUCUCACAGCAGACCUUGCAGGCCAAGUUGGAUGCGUUUAUCACUCCUGGAAGUCCACCAAGUCAUGGAACUCCUAUCACAGGCCACCAUGAUUCACCAACUUCGUCAACCUUGUUGCUAUCACCUUCCUCUUCCUUGAGCAAGGUCCAGUUGGCUUCAGCAUCGCAGGCGAGCACACCGUCAGACCACAGUCAGACCGAUAAAGAGCGAGAGAAAGCUCUGUAUCCAGGGAGAGUGCUUUUGACUACUCAUCCUGACCAGCAUGGAAUCAAACCUUUUCCACUACAAUGGGGUGCACCUGAUCCCUCCGUGAGGGGACCUGUGAUCUGUUCGCGUUUACCUUCCUCAGUCAAGCAACGCAAUGCGCUCGGCGCCCACUCCGGUUCAUAUUCGAUUUAUCGCGCCCUUGCUAUAGCUAUGGGGACUCUUAACCCCACCCACAAACCCGAUUACUCUAUGACCGAGCCACCCGUGCCUAUUCCUCCACAACCUGCAUGGUCAGAUCCGCACAAGAUUGUUUCGUUUGACCCCUGGGGACACCUUGUGCCUCAGAUAUUUAAAAAAGAGGUCGAUGAACUUGGACUUGAUGUUCGUCCCAGUAUAGCAGUCACGAAGGCGCACAUCAAACUCAGUGAAAUUGACGAGACUGCGAGGAAAGGCGAACUCGAGGUGGACGGCAAGAUUGUGUUGGCUACGCGUCCUCUGAGAAAUGUCGAUGGAACGGAGAGUGACGCUUAUUCUGGUGUAGAGAUCACCACCAGUAAAGCGGCUGUUGAGCCAGUGUGGUAUCUGCCUGGCGUUGCUGAACGUUUCGGGAUAUCCGAGAGCCUGCUUCGCCGUGCUCUUUUCGAAGACACUGGAGGAAUGUAUCCUGAAUUGAUUACCCGCCCCGACAUUAAGGUCUUCCUCCCUCCCAUUGGCAAUUUGACAGUUUACAUUUUCGGAAACCCUGCAUUCCUAGCCGAUGAGUCUAAGGAACUGACCUUGCGUGUACAUGAUGAAUGUAAUGGUUCUGAUGUCUUUGGAUCCGACAUUUGCACCUGCAAACCUUACCUGGUCUUUGCGAUCGAAGAGUGUAUUCGUUGCGCCCAGAGAGGUGGGGUCGGCCUUGUAGUGUACUUCCGCAAAGAGGGUAGAGCGCUAGGCGAAGUCACAAAGUACUUGGUUUAUAAUCUCCGGAAACGCGGUGGCGACUCUGCCGACAAAUACUUCAAGUCCACGGAGCUUAUUGCUGGCGUGAAGGAUAUGCGAUUCCAGGCACUCAUGCCGGAUGUGCUACACUGGCUCGGCAUCAGGAAGAUCGAUAACAUGGUGUCCAUGAGCGAUAUGAAAUACAACGCGAUUGUCCAAUCUGGAAUUCCGAUUCUGAAGCGGUAUGAUCUACCAGAGCAUCUCAUCCCGCCAGACUCGCGUGUCGAAAUUGACGCCAAAAUCGCAGCGGGAUAUUUCACUAGUGGGAAGCCAAUUACCGAGCAAGACUUGGUCAAGACAGUCGGUAGGACUUGGGAAGAAACAGAGCAUUAGAAAUAGCCUCAGGGCCCAUGUAAUUUCACCAACACUUCGUGUUCCU